AUUUAGUAAGAUAUUUAAAGAAAAACUAACAUAGAACGUUAAAUCGGCGAAUAUCAAUAUCGGACAUCGCGGGACAUAUGUCCCGGGACAUAUGUCCCGGACUACAUUUACACCCACCCCUCAAAGUGGCGGAACUACUUUUACACAUACCUCAAGUAUGGCGACCAAACUCGCGAGGAGGACGAAUUUAUCAAAACUAUUCAAAGGAUAUCACAGGUGUUUUAGAGCAACAUCUUGUGUAAGUGUAGAUGGUUACAAAAAACUUCUUGAGGAUCGAGACAUGCAGUUACUUAAACAGAAAAUCGGCGGAUUCGAAGUGACACCAGCUCCAGAUCUGUCAAAGCAGAAUGUAACUUUUGAAGCUUUGUUUCGAAGAUCAAAAUUUUGCCAGUUAGGGAACUUUUCAGGUUCAAUAGUAAUGGGGAAAGUGAUAGACGUUGUGAAUGAUGAUUUGUAUAUUGACUUUGGUGGUAAAUUUCAUUGUGUAUGUCCACGUCCGACGAUUACAGAGAUAAAAACGAACGACGACACUGGGAAGGAGGAGGUUGUUAAACGCUGUGACAAGAGCUACACAUACGGUACCAGAGUGAAACUACUACUUAAAGAGUUUGAAAUGGCAGACAAAUUUCUGGGGUCAGCUCGACACACUUCCUUACUAGAGGCAGAUGCAGUACUUCUGGGUCACAUGACACAAAAAGAAAUCUUGCAAGAAGAAUUACAGGAAAAUAUAUUGUAUUAAUUUGUAUUAAAGACAUAAAUGUGA